AUGUGUUUGGCUACUGGAGCUACAUCAAGUUUGACGAAUAUGGGGUUUGAUGACAACAUGAAAAAGGAAGAAGGAGGGAAUAGUGGGGUUAUGGAAACACGUGACGAGGGUCAUGAGGGAGAAGAGAGGAUAGUGAGGCAGAUGAGUGAGAGUGAGACCUCUAUGUAUGCGACUGAUCACGACGAGGAAGAUGGUGAGGCUAACAAACUUCAGCUAGGCCCUCAAUACACCCUCAAAGAACAGCUUGAAAAAGACAAGGAUGAUGAGAGCUUGAGGAAAUGGAAGGAGCAGCUUCUUGGGAGUGUGGAUUUGAACAACAUUGGAGAAACACUUGAACCAGAUGUGAAAUUUAUUGAUUUGUCAAUCCUCUCUCCUGGUAGACCUGACAUUGUACUUUCGAUUCCUGAGAAUGGGAAGCCCAAAGGUUUAUGGUUUACAUUGAAAGAAGGCAGUCCCUAUAACUUGAAAUUCUCCUUCCAAGUCAGUAAUAACAUUGUAUCUGGUCUCAAGUACACCAACACUGUUUGGAAAACUGGCGUCAAGGUGGACAGCACAAAAGAAAUGCUUGGAACCUACAGUCCUCAGCCAGAGCCUUACACGCAUGUGAAUCCAGAAGAGACCACACCCUCAGGAAUUUUUGCUAGAGGAUCAUACUCAGCAAGGUCAAAGUUUUUUGAUGAUGAUAACAAGUGCUACUUGGAGAUCAACUACACCUUUGACAUUCGAAAAGAAUGGGCUGCUACUUAA